AUGGCUUCCACAAAAAAGACGGGUAAUUCUUUUGGUUUGUUUGGUUGUGAGCCUGCCAAAGAGCCUGAUGAAUACUCAAACAAGCGUCUGAAGACUGAACCUGAAUUGGAAGAAGGAGAAGUCGUGGAGUUCAAUGUGCCCAGUUGUAAAGAUAAUGUACAGUUUGAUACAUUGCUCUCCAAUUUUCAACAGGAAGAAUCUCAAAAGUCAGCAUUUAAAGAAAAGCAACAUUGUAUUAUUUGCUCCGCAAAUCCACCCAAAUACACCUGCCCGAAAUGCGGAAUGAAAACGUGUUCGCUAAACUGUUGUUUAGCACACAAAAAAGAGUUCAGCUGCAAUGGUGUUCGAGACCGGCUUUCUUUUGUACCACUUAAAAGCUACUCUGAACAUAACUUCCAAUCUGACUGUAAAUUCCUCGACGAAAUCUCCGAAGCAGUAAACACAUCAAGUCGACUUUUCCCCAAGAAUCGCUUCCGAAAGAACCAACAAAAGCACCAUUAG